CUUCCUUAUUUCAACUCGGAAGUUGAUCUUUGGUUCAGUUCUUCCUGCAACUCCAUGCGAUCCAUCCUUAGGUUCUUGAACAUUUCAGGACUACACACUUUGUACUGUAGAGUGGGCGAUUCGGAGAAUUAAUGGCGACCUUCGCUCCGGUUUCUCCGUGGAUUCCCGAAGACGACCUCCUAUUGAAGAAUGCCGUCGAGGCCGGUGCUUCCUUGGAAGCGCUUGCAAAAGGUGCAGUUCGAUUUUCACGCAGAUUCACUCUUCAAGAACUACAAGAUCGAUGGUAUUCUCUCCUCUAUGAUCCUGACAUUUCUGCUGAAGCCUCUGCCCACAUGGUUGGGUUUGACCUUUCUGCAGCUAAUCCAUUUUUUAAGUCUAAUGUAUCUGGAAAAUCUAGAGAAGGUGCAGAGAUCUCUAAGAAAAGAAAAAUUGAAAGUGUUCGCAAUCAGUAUUAUGCCAUGAGGAAGAAAAUUCACCGCAAGAUUUUUAACUCUACUGAACUAGGUUUUCUUCCUGCGCCAAAUAUUCAUGACUGCAUUAGUGAUAUAGAUGGUUGUGCAGAGUGUGUACCAUUGGAUACCCAUCCUCCAGUUGGAACUUGUUCACUUGAAGAUCAUAUCUCAAACCAUUAUGGAAUGCAGGAGACAGGUCCUGAUUUCCUGCAUCAUCCUCUUCCACAGAUCAGUGGGGACCUUACUGUUGCAACUUCUAUUAAUGUUGCUGCCAAUGAAAUGCAUUCUGAACAAGAUAAUACUUCAAAUGGAAUCUUGAGGAGGGAUUGUUUAUUUGAAUUUCCUGAAGAUAUUUCAUCCUUGCCACUCAAAGAACCAGUAGGAAAUGAUGGCGGGCAUUCUUUUGACCAGAAAAGUGCUUAUAAAAGAGUUCCUAAUAUCAUAGAAGAUAAUUUAAUAGAAUUUAGAAAAUGCUCCAUUGCUGAGGAAAUUGGACACUCACAAGCACUGCCUGAUAGAAACCUGUUCAAAAUGGAUGAUUCUGGGGAAAAACCAUCGUCUUCUUUGCAUUCAAUAAAUGAAAACAUGGGAAAAUCUUGCUGUGGAUAUGAAAGGAGUGAUCAGUUCAGUUCCCCUGUUUCAGACGGCAUGCCUCUUUGGAAAACUAUGGAGGAUGUGUCGGCACCUGUUAUGCCAAUCAAUGCCCGGCUCAGAGAUAAAGCUGCAGACAAGGAAGGAACAUUCACACUUUCUGGGGAAGAUGAUGGUAAGAAUAUACAUUUGUCUGGUGAUAAGAUUAUCCAACCAGGGACCAUGUUGGGAGAUGGACGUAAUGGUGUUGGGUUAAAUAGUUCAACUGCUAUUUUAGACAGUGAUUUUGGAGAUCUUCCAGAGUCCCUCUUGAACUUUGAGAAUGGGGAUGAUCCUCUCUUGAUUGAGUUAAAUGGGAAAGACAAGACGAAUGAUUCAUUUCUGUUGUGUUCUCCUAACAAUGCUCAUGAAGGUGAUAUACCUGAUGUUAGUGAACAUAAGGCAUUUGCAGUGUUAAAUUCGUCUUUUCCAAUUCGUGGUGAUGCAUGUCCCACGGAUUCUAUUGCUGACGUGUCAUUUCCACCUUCUCGUGAUCAGCUUAAUUGUUAUAGUUCAGUAGUUAAUGUUUCACCAUCUACAUUUGUGCCCGAUUCUCAUUCUCCUGAACUUCAUGAUGGAGUUAUUCACUGCACAUUGAACUCAGAGGACCCUGACAUCCCAUGCAAUGAUGGUAUUUUCUUACCUGCACAGGUAACUGCAUCCUUUGCUUCUUCCAUGACACAACCAACAACGUCUGCUUCUAAUAGAAAAGAUGUGGGGCAUGGUGAAGUCUUGAAAAAAGAAAGAGAAAAUCCUGCUCAGUCUUGUAGGGAUUCACAAAAGGCAGGACCUAGUGCCCUGCCAGACAUUGGUCCCGACCACCUACAUGGUUCUGAAGUCAGGUAUGGCUUGUCUACUCAUAGUGACCUGGCUAUGGGCUCCAGAUAUGCAAAAAACAACCAUAGAGAUCCAAUUAAAUACAGUGCAACCCAAGCAACUCAAAAAUCCACCACAUGUGGAGGUCUGGAGACUAUUAAAGAAAGUUUUGAGGAAAUGGCUGCGCCGGCUGCAAUUAGGGAACAUCUUCUAUUACAUCCAGAAUCAGUUUCCAGCAAGAUGGCUUUUCCAGAACCAGAAGUAAACCCCUUGAUGUCGGAUCAGGAAGAAUAUGAGAGUGAUGGUGACAUUCCUUAUUUCUCUGAUAUCGAAGCUAUGAUUCUUGACAUGGAUUUAGGUCCGUAUGAGCAAGACCCGAGUAUUUCUAGGGAAGUUGCAAGGUUUCAUGAAGAAGAUGCUAGGAGAAUGGUCAUGAGGCUAGAACAGUGUGCUCAUUCUUCUUUGCAAAGAGCAAUUGCAUCUCAAGGUGCAUUUGCCGUCUUAUAUGGUCGCCAUGUAAAGCAUUAUAUUAAGAAAGCUGAGGUCACUCUCGGCAGAGCAACAGGUGAGAUUGAUGUUGAUAUUGACCUGGGACGAGAAGGCCGCGCGAACAAAAUUUCUAGACGGCAGGCGAUUAUCAAAUUGGACAGAGAUGGGUCUUUCUUGUUGAAAAACCUUGGGAAGAGUUCAAUCUUUGUGAAUGGUAAAGAAGUUGGUUCCGGACAGCUGCUGAUUCUCUGCUCAAAUUGUUUGAUUGAGAAAUUAUCUACCAUGGGUACUUGAUGCUAAGAUUCACCUUAAUGCUAUGAAUCUUGGUAGUACAAUUGAAGAAGGAAAUCAAGCAUCCCUGCAAGAUCGCGCAAAGAUAAUGAUUUUCCUUCGACACCAUUUACGCGAAGAAUUGAAAAUUGAGUACCUUACUAUUAAGAACUCAUUAGUCCUUUGGAACAACUUGAAGGAGAGAUAUGAAUACCAAAAAAAUGGCAGUUCUUCCAAAAGCUCGAUUUGAUUGGAUACAUUUGCGACUGCAAGAUUUUAAAACUGUAAGUAAAUAUAGUUCAGCCUUUUAAAAAUUAGCUCUCAAUUGAAGUUAUGUGAAGAAAAAAUUACUGAUGAGGAUAUGUUAGAAAAAACAUAUUCGACUUUUCAUGCCUCGAAUGUGCUCCUACAACAGCAAUAUUGAGAGCGUAGAUUUACAAAA